UCUCCUCUCCUAUGUAAGCACUUUUUAACCCUGACCAAGCCGCUAAUUCCACACUUUUAUUUUUCAAUCGGCACUAUGUCAGACGUACCAGAAGGAUGGGAACGGAAAAUAAGUCGCUCAAAUAAUAAAGAGUACUAUUUGAAUAUAUACACAAAAGAAAGUCAAUGGGACAUGCCUACAGCCCCAGCCAAACAGCAAAGUGCUACUGUUCAGGCUUCACACUUGCUUGUCAAACAUAAAGAUUCUAGGAGACCAUCAUCAUGGAGGGAAGAAACAAUCACCCGAACAAAAGAAGAUGCUUUAAAAAUACUUGAGGGCUAUAGGGAACAAAUCGUUUCUGGUGAAAAACCAUUUGCAGAACUAGCUUCACAGUUCAGCGAUUGUAGUUCAGCCAAGCGAGGUGGAGAUCUUGGACCGUUUGGUAGGGGACAGAUGCAGAAACCAUUUGAAGAUGCUACAUACAGCUUAGAUGUGGGAGAAUUGAGUCAAAUAGUCUCUACAGAUUCAGGAGUGCAUAUUAUUUUAAGAACUGCAUAAGUUUUCUUUCUUAUUUUUGUAGAUAUUUGUCAAUCUUACAUUGUUUAUGUUGUACAACAAGACAUACAUCUGUUUUUGACUACACUAUAGGUUUAAACAAAGUUACUGAUAUUGUAAAAUUUGUACAGUACAGUUAGAGAGGGUAUAUUUUUCAUCUAAAGAAUAGUCAUUAGGCUUAUUUGCAUGUCUCUCUAUAAAAAUGAUCUUGUUUAACUUGACUACAUUCUUGUAUUAUGAACAGGAAAACCUUUAAUUUAUAGAAACAGUAAGAUUUAAAUUGAAAACAUUUCAAGCAAGCAAACAUUGUUGAUAUUGUUAUACAAACAACACUUGUUAUAGUAGGGUAAAUUAUACCUAUCAAUUUUUUCAUUUAUGAUUAUUGCAAUGUAAUUGCUAUAGAGAUCUGAAGAUUUCUUAUUAGCAGUAAUCCUCAUAUAUUCGAAAGUGCUCCUAAAAUUUAAUUAAGGACAUUCUCCUCUGCUAAUUGUGUAUGUGUAUACAAUGUAAAUCUAGCUAUUUAAAAACUUGAUAAAUCUAGGUUAUUGUCAAAUUUAUCAAGUUUUUUAUACUUUUGUGAAAAAUUUGUCAACAAACAGUUGUUUUUGAAAAUAAAGAAGACUUUAUCUAUGAAGAUACUAAUAAUUUUUUAUGAACAGACGAAAAUCCUUUACUUUGUUCACACAAACAGGUUUUCUGAGUUUUCAGAGAAGUUGGAACUUUUCUCUUAUUAAUGAUACAUGCACAAAUGUAGAUCCAGAUCAUUAAUUAAUUUUGGAAAUUAUUUUAAAUUAAGAGAUAUAUCUCACUUAUGCAAAGUUCUGAUUCCUUUCACGGCUUUGGCUAUUUUUUGUUUUUGUCCUCUUUGGUUUAUAAGCUCUUCAUCUUUUGAAUAAAUUUUGGAUUUUCAAAUACAUGUAUUUUGUCCUCAAGCAUCACUAAAGAAACAUUUGUAGUCGAAAUUACAUCUGGUGCAGAAUAAUUGGCGCCGUUAAUGUUAUUUAUUGUUAUUUUACAGGACACCUUGAAAUCAUUAGUUAGAAAUGUCAUAUAUUUGAUUCAGUCAGCAAUUCUGAAAAAAAAAACCAUCAAAAAUGUCCUGAUUUACAGUAAUUAGAAUUGUAUAAAGCAGAUGUUCCUUCUAGUAUAAAUUAUACAUUGAAGUAUAAUUUUACCUAGGCAAUUAUUACAAGCAUAUGCUAUUGCUCUAAAAAAAACUGGCAUUUAUGUUCUUUGCUUUGUGUCCUGUAAGUUACUGUUUUGUAAAUUAUAUAUAUUAUAAGCCAGGCUUAUAAAAAAUCAUCUUAAACACUAUAACCAAAGAUUCAUGAAUAUACCUCAUGCGCAAUUAAGGGGUAGGCAAUUAAUUUAUUGACAUGUGUUCAUUGUUCAGAAAUAUUUUUUUUGCAAACAUUUGAGUCUAGACUAAGUACAUUGUAUAUCUGAUGAUUUCACGAAAAUAAUAAUACUAUUGGUCAUGUUUAAAUUGGUUUUAUUAUUUUAUUUUCUUCAAAUUAGGAGCCAUGUGUGUACACUCUCUGUUAUAAUGUUUUAUUUCAUCCUGUUGCUUGAAAACAGUGCUCUUCAAUUUUAGAAUUUGUUCAACUUUGAUAUAUGUCUUUUUCUUUUGCUGGAUCAAAACAUUUUGUAUCCAUAUAACAGUUGCAUUUCUUUUGAUGGUGAAUAUUUUGAUAAAAAAAUUUGUCUAAAUCUAUGUUAUAUUUUCAGCUGUAUAGUUAAAUAUAAAAAAAAUAAGGAGGUGUUUAAUUAUUGCCAAUUAGACAACUAUCCACCAGAGUUCCAAUGAGGUGGAUAUAAGACAUUAUAGGCCACAAUAUGGGCUUCACACUGAAAAACUCCAUACCGUAAAGUUAGCUAUAAAAGGCUGUGACAUGAAAAAUUUGACACAAUUCAAUGGGAAAACUUAAUGCCUUAUUAAUAACAAAACAAUUUACAAAAAAACAAAUAGGACAGACAUCAACCAACAACAACCAUUGAACUACAGGCUCCUGACUUGGUUUAAAGCAUGUUAAAUUGAGUGUUAUAUAUAUAUAUAUAUAUAUCUUCUAUACAUAAGCUUGAGAAAGGCUUAAUGUGAGAUAAAAAAAAGAAAUUUUGUAAGAAUUUUGUAAAUUUCAAUAGAAAAAGUAGAUAUUUUAUAUGAUAUUGAAAUACCUGGUUUUAUUAAUUUGCUUUUAAAAAGCUACAAAAAGAGUUUGUAGUACUCAAUAUAAGUUGUGUUGAAGUACUAUAUACUUUGAGUCAGGAACAAUGUUCAUUUGUUUCUUUACGUGUGUAUAUCUUGUAACAUUAUAAACGUCAUGUUAUAUGUGCAAGAAUACUUUCUUGCAAUACUGUAGAAUAAUAAAGAGAAUAAAUGAAUAAAAUGCUG